AUGGGUCGCAGUUUGACUCGCCGGACAGCCACGGGCCUCUGGCCCCGGACGCGCCCGCGCUGGGCCGCGGCCCUGCUGGGCCGGCCCGGGAGCCGCGGCCCCGCCCCCGAGGCCGGCAGCCCCUCCUCCGGCUCGGUGCAGCAGGCCUGGGCCGCGCCGGGGGCCAUCGCCGAGGCCCCGGGGAGCCGGCCGGAGGGCACCGCGCCCGAGGGGCCCGCGCCCGCCGCCGCGUCGCCUUCGCCUUCGGAGGCCCAGGCCGACUCGCAGCCGCCGUCCUCGUCCCCCUCCCGGCUCUCCUCGCGGCCGCCCAGCGCGAGCGGCGCGGCGGAGGGGCCGCUGCUGCGCCAGGCCGCGUGGGGCGGGAUGGCGGCCGGCACGUUGCUGGAGGCCGGCCUGGCCCGGGUGCUCUUCUACCCGACGCUGCUCUACACCGUGGUCCGCGGCCAGGUGCCGGGCCCGGCGCGCCGCGACUGGUACAACCGCAUCGACCGCACCGUGCUGCUGGGCGCGCUGCCGCUGCGCAGGAUGACGCGCCGGCUGGUGGAGGACGAGAAUGUGCGCGGAGUGAUCACCAUGAACGAGGAGUAUGAGACCAGGUUCCUGUGCAACUCCGCCAAGGAAUGGAGGAAAAUGGGAGUCGAGCAGCUGCGACUCAGCACAAUAGACAUGACUGGGAUCCCAACCUUGACUAACCUCCAGAGAGGAGUUCAGUUUGCUCUCAAGUACCAGUCUCUGGGUCAGAGUGUCUAUGUGCAUUGCAAGGCUGGGCGCUCCAGAAGUGCCACUAUGGUGGCAGCGUAUCUGAUUCAGGUGUACAACUGGACUCCAGAGGAGGCUAUACAAGCCAUUGCCAAGAUCCGGUCACACAUCUAUAUCAGACCUGGCCAAUUUGACAUUCUCAAAGAGUUCCACAGGAAGAUUACUGCAGAGGCAGCAAAGAAGGAACUGUGUUACACAUGA